AUGUGUGAUCGCUAUCUGUGCUGGGAGCCUGGUGACACCAUAAGAUGCUUUGAUAAGCAGUAUGAACACAAGGGCAAGUGCUGUAACCGGUGUCCACCAGGGCAAAAGCUGGUCUCUGAAUGCAACGGCACAGAAGACUCUCUCUGUGCCCACUGUGAGAGCGGACACUAUCAGCAGAGCUGGACCAAGGAGAGGCACUGUGCCCCCCACGAUAUCUGUGAAGACAAUGCCGGCCUCAUUGUGAAGAGGCAAGGAAAUGCAACACACAACACAGUGUGCCACUGCCAGGCCGGCAUGCACUGCUCUGACACCAGCUGCCAGACCUGUGUGGAGAACCAGCCCUGCCAGCACGGCUUCGGCUUUGUGGAAGCCAAGGCCAUGGCCCGGAUGUCGUCGCCCUGCGAGCCCUGUGCAGAAGGUACCUUCUCCAAUGUCUCCUCUAAAACCGAGCCGUGCCAUCCCUGGACAAGCUGUGAGGAAAAGGGGCUGGUGGUGAAGGAGAAAGGGACGAACAUCUCGGAUGUGAUCUGCGAAUCGGGCAGGCUCUCCUUCCUGUCGGUGCUGAUCCCCAUCACGGCCGCAGUCGUCACAUGCCUCUUGGGCAUCUGCAUCUACUGCCUGGUCCAUGCAGAUCCCAGGCGACGGGUGCACAAGCAGGAGACCCUUCUUGGGGGCCAGCCCGUGGCCCAGGAAGAUGGCAAGGAGAGCCGCAUCUCGGAGCAGGAAAGGCUGUGA